ACAUACGGCAACCCAGAUACCUGGGAACACGAUGAUGCUGAUCGCGUCCAAUCAUUUCUGGUCGAAGAAGACACUGCUUUGAAACGUGUUUUUGACGAAAAUAACUCAAAUGCGAAUGAUAUUUUGAAUGUUCUUAGCUUGAUAAAAUCUACUGAUCGCUCCUCUGAAAUAGAAGUGAAGCAAGAUGAUAUCACAUGGCAAACUUUAGAAGAUGAGUAUGUAGCCACUAUGCCGUUAAGGGGCAUAGGCACAGUGCAGUGGACAAAAAGCACACGAAUUGGAGAAGACAAAAAAGAAGAAAAUUAUUUAAAAGCAAGCGAACAUGCAGAAAUUAUAUCAACACUUUUGGAUAACGAAGAAUUGAUUGACUUAAAAAGAGAAGAGAACAUUUUCACAGAUUUAACAUCUCCACAAGAAUUUGUUUUUAAAAAAGAGAAAGAUAAAACAGGAUCUACAAUAAUUCGUGUAAAACAAGGUAAUUCUCCAUUCUAUCCACUGUUGAAGACCUCGGUAGGAAUACUAGAAGCUAAACAGGUUUCUCUACUUCUUGCACACAAACACAUCCAAACUCUUUGCUUAGAGGAGCCAGACAGGGGAAUGCAUCCACAGAUGAUUGAGCGUUUAAAAAGAGUCUUAUAUGAAGAAGGUUUUCACAAAACUAUAAUUGUUGCGUCACAUAGUCCAUAUUUUAUUGAUACCUUAUCCGUAAGAAACACAUAUUUUCUUCCGAAAAAAAUCAGAGGAAAACGAAAACCAGUACGUUUGUGGCGUGAAAAGGUUACCAAUUAAUAGCGAACUUUCCAAAGUUCACGCCAUUGAAACAUUUAGGACCCUUUUGUUUGG